GGGACAAGGUUUUAAGUAAGAGACCCUCUCAGAGCAACACAGUCUGAAAGCUGAGUUUACCACGAGCAAAGACACGCGGAUCAACUGUAGAGGAGCCACUUUUUGCUUUACCUACACUGGUGCCUGUCCGCGAGCUUCUUAACUGCUUUAUAGCAACAUUUUGGGUUUGUUCACAAGGAUAUAUUUUUAUUUUUUUGGGGGGAGAAAACUAAUAUCUCACCAUGCAGUCCUGUGCCAGGUGUGGGUUUGUGGUCUACCCAGCAGAAAAGAUCAACUGUAUUGACCAGAACUGGCACAAAGCGUGUUUUCACUGUGAUGUCUGCAAAAUGGUCCUCACUCCUAAUAACUUUGUCAGCCAUAAGAAGAGGCCGUAUUGCUCUGUGCACAAUCCAAGGAACAACACGUUCACGAGUGUUUACCAAACGCCCAUCAACAUCAAGGCAAAGAAGCAAAGCCUGGCCAGCAGUGAGCUGACGUAUCGCGAAGAUGGCGAACGCUUUAUGUCCAGCUUCCACAGUGACAUGAGGUCCAUGGAGUUGGAGAAGGCUCGGCUAGCCAAUCAGGUGGUCAGCCAGGCCUUUCAGUCUCAAUCUGAGUUCUCACAGCAGCAGACCUGGUAUUCAGGGAUGGUGACCAACCAGGAAAUAGUGACAAUGUCCGAGGCACAGAAAACCAUCAGUGAUGUAAAAUAUAAAGCCGAAUAUGAAGAGUCCAAAGGGAAAGGCAGCUUCCCGGCAAUGAUCACACCAGGUUACCAAGCUGCAAAGAGCGCCAACACUUUGGCCAGUAACUUGGAAUAUAAAAAAGGGCAUGAAGAAAGAGUUUCAAAGUAUACAACAUUCGUUGAUCCUCCAGAGGUGCUUCUGGCCAAGAAACAGGCGCAGAUUGUCAGCGACUAUGCAUACACCGAGGAAUAUGAGCAGCAGAGGGGGAAAGGCAGCUUCCCCGCACAUCUUACUCCUGGAUACAAGGUUUCAAAGAGGGCCACCGAGCAGGCAAGCGACAUUAAGUAUCGACAGAUGUACGAGCAAGAGAUUAAGGGUAAAGCCAGCGCAGAAGCAGCAGCCACUGAACUGGUUCACGCAAGAGAAAAUGCUGAAAACUUCAGCCAGAUUGCCUACACUGAAGAAUACGAGCAGCAACGAGGUAAAGGAAGUUUUCCCGCCAUGAUCACACCUGGUUAUCAUCUUGCUAAGAAGGCUCAGGAAAUUGCUAGUGAUCUGAAAUACAAGAAGGACCUGAACAAGAUGAAGGGCACGUCACACUUCCAUAGUCUGACCUCUGAAGACAAUCUGACAUUAAAGAAUGCACGAAAAAUUAACAAGAUGGUCAGUGAGGUCGAGUAUAAGAAAGAUUUGGAGAACACCAAAGGCCACAGCAUUAACUUUUGUGAGACCCCACAGUUUCGAAAUGCUGCCAAAAUCGCUCAGUUCACCAGUGAUAACAAAUAUAAAGAAAAGUACACCAGUGAUCUGAAGGGCCACUAUGAAGACUCGGGAUUUGAUAAGAAGACUUUGCAUGCCAUGAAAGCGAUGAAACUGGCGAGUGAUAUUUCUUAUAAACACGGCCAUGAUCAGGAGCAGUGUGAAUAUAACUACCCAGCCACUCUCACACCAGGCUACCAAAGCCAAAGGAAGCUGGACCCACUAAAGGAUAAGAACUACAAGCAACAUAUCGACCAGGUCAAGUACAAGUCUGUGACGGACACCCCUGAGAUUGUCUUAGCCAAGAAAAAUGCUCGGCUUGUCAGCAACUUAAAUUAUAAAGCAGGCUAUGAGAAGACGAAGCACCAGUACACUUUAUCUCAGGAUCUGCCCCAAAUCCAGCAGGCCAAAGCCAACGCAGCUUUGUGCAGUGAUAUUAAAUACAAAGAAGAGUGGGAGAAGACCAAGUCCAAAGCUUGUGAAACCGGUCUGGACGACUUGAGCGUGAGAGCUGCCAAAGCUUCGAGAGACCUAGCCAGUGACCUGAAAUACAAAGAGUCCUACUUGAAGAACAAAGAAAAGGCGAUCGGGGUCAACGUGAGCGACUCCAAGACGCUGCACUCUCUUCAAGUGGCCAAGAUGAGCAGUGACAUUGAGUACAGGAAAGGCUCGAAGGAGAGCCAGGCGCAGUUCAGCCUCCCCCUGGACAUGAUCAACCUGAGCCACGCCAAGAAGGCUCAGGCCCUCGCCAGUGACCUGGACUAUCGCACCAAACUUCACGAUUACACCAUCCUGUCUGACGACAUGAAGGUCCAGCAGGCUAAAAAGGCCUACUCCCUGCAGAGCGAGAACCAGUAUCGUUCAGACCUGAACUGGAUGAAGGGCGUUGGCUGGGAGACUGAGGGAUGUCUCAACAUCGCCCAGGCCAAGAAAGCCGGAGAGCAACUCAGUGAUGUCAGAUACCGUCAGAAGGCCGACAAAAUGAGGUUCACUCAGGUGGCGGACGACCUCUCCAUCAAACACGCCAAGAAGAGUCAGGAGCUGCAGAGCGACCUGGCGUACAGAGCGGACACAGAACAGAUAAUUCACCAGUACACCAUGACGAAAGAUGAACCGCUGUUCAGACAAGCUAAAGCAAACGCUGACAUGCUGAGUGGGAAAGUGUACAAGAGCCAGUGGGAGAAGCAGAGGGAAAAGGGCUUUGAGCUUCGUUUGGACUCUCUGUCGAUACUUACAGCAAAGGCAAAGCGAGACCUGGCCAGCGACGUUAAGUACAAGCAAGAGUACGAGAAAAGCAAAGGCAAGGUGAUUGGCAUCAAGUCAGUCAGCGACGACUCUCAGAUGGCUCACUCUGCUCUGGCCACCAGACUUCAGAGCGAUCGCCACUACAGGAAGAACUACGAGGACACCAAGAACAAAUACAGCGUGUCUCUGGAUAUGCUGAACAUCAGCCAUGCCCAGAAGGCCCAGGACCUCGCCACGGAUACUAAAUACAGGACGUUCCUCCAUGAAUACACCACUCUGCCGACAGACAUGAAUGUGGCCUGGGCUAAGAAGGCCUACGAGUUACAGAGCGACAAACAGUACAGAUCAGAUCUAAACUGGAUGAAGGGUGUCGGCUGGGAGGCCUCAAAGUCUCUGGAUAUUCAGCAGGCGAAGAAAGCUUCGGAUCUCUUCAGUGAGAAAAAGUAUCGUCAGGACGUGAGCUCUCUGAAGUUCACCAGCGUUGAAGACACUCCAGAGAUGAUCCAGGCCAAACUCAGCAACAAACUGGCUGUUGAUCGUCUGUACAGGGAGAAGGGAGAAAACAUGAAGCACAACUACACGGUCAGCGGAGAGCUGCCUGAGUUGGUGCAGGCAAAGAUCAAUGCCAGAAACAUCAGUGAGAGUCAGUACAAGGAGUCGUGGACAAAGCUACGCGACGGGGGCUACAAGCUGCGCCUGGAUGCAAUUCCUUUCCAGUCCGCCAAAGCCUCCGCAGACAUCCUCAGUGACGUAAAGUACAGGGGAGAAUUUGAGAAGACCAAAGGGAAGAUGAUUGGACUGAAGGGGCUGCAGGAUGACCUGAACAUCGCGCAUUCAGUUCACGCCAGCCAGCUACAAAGUGAUAUAAAGUAUAAGAAGGACUCAGCCAAGCAGCUCUCCAAAUUCCACCUGCCCAUGGAUAUGAUUGAGGUCGCUCACGCCAAAAAGGCCCAGUCUCUGGUCAGCGACCACGACUACCGGCUCUCCUUGCACCACUACACCUCGCUGCCCGACGACAUGAAGACGCAGGCGGCCAAGAGAGCGUACGGCCUGCAGAGUGAGAGACUGUAUCGGUCUGACCUGAACUACUUGCGAGGUGCAGCCUGGAUUGCCACAGGAGCGCUGCAGAUUGAAGAGUCCAAGAGAGCCACAGACCUCAUCAGUGAUAAAAACUACCGACAGCAGCCGUACAAGUUCAGGCACACCUCGGUCGCCGACUCCCCAGAUAUGGUCCACGCCAAACUCAGUGGACUCGUCAGCAACGAACGUCUCUACAAAGAAAAGGGCAUAAAUGACCAGCAUAGCUACACGAUUACAGCUGAGAGACCAGAGAUUACACAAGCCAAGAUAAAUGCCGCCAACUUCAGCGAGGUGAAAUACAGAGAGUCCUGGCAUACUCUGCAGGCUCAGGGCUACAAGCUCACCAUGCAGGACAUCCCCUUCCAGGCUGCCAAGAGCUCCACAGGCAUCGCCAGCGACUACCAAUAUAAGCACAACCACCUGCUGGAAAAGGGGAAACACAUCGGAGUCAGGAGCGUGACGGAGGACCCCCACCUGCUGCACUGCCUGCAGGCCGGCCGGCUGGCCAGCGACCAGGAGUACCGCAGGGAUGCUCUGUCCACCAGCGGCCGCUACCACCUCACCUCGGACAUGAUCCAUCUGGUGGCGGCGAAGAACGCCCAGGCCCUGGCCAGCGAUCAGGACUACAGGAAGAGGCUCCACGAGUACACGGUGCUGCCCGACGACAUGAAGGUGAAAUGGGCCAAAAAGGCGUACGACCUGCAGAGUGAGAAACUCUACAAGUCUGACCUGAGUUUCAUGAAAGGAGUGGCCUGGGAUGGAGUGGGAGCGCCUCAGAUGGAGGCGGCUAAGAAGGCCGGGGAGCUGAUAAGUGAUAAGAAGUACCGUCAGCUGCCGGACAGAAUCAAGUUUACGUCUGUGGCCGACUCUCCUGACAUUGUUCACGCCAAGACGAGCUAUCAACAGUGCAGUGAGAGGCUGUACAAGUCUGGAAAGAACGACGACAUGCAUAAAUACACCUUACACUCAGACGAUCCGGACUUUGUCAGAGCUAAGAUCAACGCUCAGCAGAUUAGCGACAAAGUUUACAAGGCCUCUGGGGAGCAGGUGAAGACAUUAGGCUUUGACUUGAGGUUGGACGCUAUUCCCUUCCAAACAGCCAAGGCCUCCAGGGAAAUUGCCAGCGACUACCAUUACAAGGAGUCCCACCUGAAGGAGAAGGGCCAGCAGGUGGGGCUGCGCUGCGUGGAGGACGACCCCAAGAUGGUCCACUCCCUGGCUGCCAGCAAGCUUCAGAGCAACCUGGAGUACAAGCGCCAGUCCAAGGAGGAGCGCGGCCGCUACAACAUGCAGCCGGACCAGCCCGAGUUCCUGCUGGCCAAGAAGAGUCAGGCCCAGGCCAGCGACAUCACCUACCGCCACAAACUCCACGACUACACCUGCGACCCGGAGCAGCUCACCGUCAAGCACGCCAAGCAGGCCUACAAGCUGCAGAGCGACGUGAACUACAAAUCUGACCUGAACUGGAUCAGAGGAGUGGGAUGGACCCCUCCCGGCUCCCACAAGGCGGAGCUCGCCCGCCGGGCAGCAGAGCUGGGCCUGGCUGAGGGAGUUACCACAGAUGAGGCUAUUGCAAAGUACCAGCAUAUGAUGAUGCUGCAUCAUCAGCAGCAGCAGCUGGAGCAGCAGCAGAAACAGCAAGAAACAGAGCAGGUGGAGACCAGCGAGGAGAUCCAGAAGGGCAUCAACAUGGAUGCCAUGGAGGUCCUUCACGUCAAGAGGAAGAAGACCAUCCAGACGGUCCAGAAAAAGUCCUCCACUGUCACAACUUCCUUCAGAUCCAUGGAGAAGAACUCCAGCUCCUCCUCCACCUCCUCAGCAGCCGCCAUCCAAAACACAGUGAAAACAAACCUCUCCAGUAAAGCUGCGAUAGAAAACGCGUAAAGAUUUCAUCAUAAAAGCAUUUUUGUGUCAAUAGCGAAAUCAAUGUGUGAUUAAUUUUUCAAAGUUGACGAAACGAUGAAUCGUACUGCCUGUAGCUGCAAAGAAGGAUGUUAUGUACGUGGAAGCAGGGCUGAUUGUGUAACGUUUGCUGAAGGGUUAAUGUAUGUGUCGAUCAAAGGGGAUUUUUUUUUUUCAGGAAUUUUAUCUGAAAACGGAGUUAAAGCUUUCAGGACGGACAUAAACUGAAGGAAAUGCUGGAAACUGAAUGUUGUGUUUUUAGUUUGUUAGGAAAUGAAGGAGCAGCAGUUAGUUUUGUGGCCAGCAGUACAACUUUUAUCCUUAGUAAAUGGCAAAUGCUGCAGGUGAAAAUGGGACAAAAACCCUGAUAGUAGCUUAGGUUUGACCACGUAGUGCACUUUGAGCAAGGCUCAGUUACUCAGAACCAAACUAAACUAAAAAUGAUGUUCUAAUUGUUCUGGCAGGUUCAGCUCUGUGAGUUUGUAACGAUAUUUUCUGUAACUCAAAGCUGGGCUGAGAGUAAACGCUUGCUUUUUUUUUUUUUUUUGGAUGUCCCAUUAAAGUUUUUUUUCAAUGCAAA